CCGGGUUGCUGUGAGCAAAUGAAUUUCACGAGCGAAUGUUGUAGAAAAAAAGAUAUAGCACAUGCACGUUUUGUUGUCGUCAGCAGUCGGCCAAUAACUGGAUAGACCUGUUACAAAUCGAUGGAGCUACUAUAUUGGAAAACCUCUACCACACAGUAGCCUACUUUGAUGGUAAGUAGCCUACUAAGUUAAUUUACAAUUACUGUAUAGUAACAAAAUAUUACAAUCAAAUAGGCUGUUAUAACCUAGUAGGCUACUAUGCUAAAGCCUGAUGCGACUGAAAUGAAAGUAUUGUGUCAAUAACAGACACUAGCCUAUUUAUGAAUGAGAAGAUUAUUAGACCAACAGCUAAAUGUUAUUACACCAACAGGCUUUUUAUUUUUUGUGUUUUGAAGUUGUAUCUUAAUACUAUUGUCGGAAAUAAGCGAUUAAGCAUUUCAUUGUAGCCUACUGUGUAGCCUACCAUGUGAAUCCUGUGCAUAUGACAAAUAGACUUGACUUGAACACGGUAAUGGAAUAAUGUAGAGGGCCUCUAUUUGGGAAAUGAUUCGCACCUGAGUCACGGGUCAGCUGGGAGAGUCUGCUGGACAGGGUGUGUUAUUCUGUUCGCACGGAGUGCUCGCGCUUCUUUGCCUGUUGCACAGGUAGAGCGGGUAUAGUUGCCAGGGUUGGAAACAUUUGACGGUGACAAAAUAGAUUUGAUUUAAUCACAAUAUACGUUUGACAGAAAUGCAUAAUAAGAAUGUUGCAGUUGACCUGUAAUCGGCUAUGAUAAUAAUAUGCCUAUUAUAAUAAGCUAGGCCAGGCAACAUAUAAUAUUAUAGUGCCAUAUUCUGGUCAUGUUUAAAUAUAUAUUUUUUGUCUUUCAUACCUUGAUUUUUCUUUGCUUUGCCCAAUAUCUUUUGUCACUUUAUAAACAAAUCACAAUAUUGUAGGCCUAAUUGCAAUAUGUGCUCUAUAAAAAGAGAAAAUAGUAGGACUAGUCUGAUCAAAUUGAGAUAGGUGGUGUUAUUUGUAUUCAAGCCUAAAACUAAGGACUAUCAGAAGUGAGUUACUCCAUCUUAAAAUAUAGUUUAUAUUGGUGUAAUAUUGCAGAAGUUACCACCGUUCUUCACUUUUCUCUUUGCUGCCACCCUUAAUUUGGGCAAUAGUCCACAAAUGGCUGAACACCAGAUAAGUGUGAUAUGUGAUGGAUAGCAUCUUUUACACCUGUUUCAAGGGGUAAGAGUGAAAGGCCUGUCAAUGGUGUAAUGUCUACAACCCCAAUGCACCCCCUUACGCUACAGCCCCUGAUAAACGAUAAACCCAUAUCUCUUCUAACUGGGAUUAGUGCUAACCGUGAUUUAGGCUAGUUUUCCCUUCCUCAAAGGGAUCUCUAGAUGCCAAUGGCGGGUCAUAAUCUCACCAGGAGCAGGAAUCUCUCUCUCACACACCUCAGCCAUCCCUGGAUGUCUCCAUGGCAUGUCUCUGGCCUGACCUCAUGGGAGAGUUCACUGGGAUUCGCAGGCCUCUCUCCGCACAGCCAAAACACAAAGGGCCAUUCAUGGUCCAGAGUGGCCCCAUUCAUGACCACUGAGUUAUUUGCUGGUAGAAUUCCUUAUUGUUUGGUUUCUUGCAUCUCUGAGCUCUCUCUCGACGUAAAUUAUGCAGAAGGUUGUUUCUUGUACUUGUAGAAGGUACAUAAAUAUGAUGUCUUGUCUAGAAAAUGUUCCAUGGAUGGUAUAUACAUACGCUUCCCACACCACACGUUAACCAAUGGAGGCGGAAUGUGAAAUGGAGCAAAGAGAUUCUGUUCAAUGCUUGUUUUUCUUUUAUGAAUGAUACCUUGGUAUUAUCGCAUUCUUAUCAAGGCCUUGUUGUGGACUUGUCUUUUUAAAGUCAGGAAUGGUAUUAGAACUAACCAGACUUAAAAAUUACAGACAAAUUACAAAGAGGACAAUAGGACAUGAUUAGCACACAGGACACUAUAACAAAUCCGGAACAUGAUAGCCAAAAAGCACAGUGGACAAUGUACAGAGCAUGACAAUAACUCAAACAUUACAAACAAAUAGACAAAUACAAUUUCAACAAGACAAACUAACGAGGCAUUAAACAGUCUAUUGUUUCUAACAGUUUUCAAACAAAAUAUUUUGUUUAAAAUGUCUGUUUUUGUGAUCGAUAUAUCGUAGCAAUGUGAAACUUUUCACCAUUACAAUUAUAGUUCAAAUCCCCUUUUGUCACCCUAAUACUUGUUUACAUAAAGAGCAGCUUUUCGCAAGACCAUGACCUGUUGGUGGCGCCAGGAAAGGGCCCAGGUUGUUGUGUAGCUUGUGGGGACACUUUGUCCUGUCUUCAUCCCCAGUGGACUUGUCAUUAUCGAUACUGUUGUUGUCAGUUGUCAGUGUGGAGUCCUUUGAAACUUGGAAUUGAGCCUUUUUUCCUGGGUACUAUGAGUGUAGGUGCGUGUGUACGCAUGUAUGUAAAUGUGUGUGUAACUUUGCGCACAUUCAGCUGCACACAUACACGCGCGCACACACACACACACACACACACACACACACACACACACACACACACACACACACACACACACACACACACACACACACACACACACACACACACACACACACACACACACACACACACACACACACACACACACACACACACACACACAGUAAAGCGUGUGUGUGAGUGUUGGCGCACUGUCACACUGGGAGUGUUUGUCAUUCCAGCGUCACAGGAGCUUGUUCCACAAUGGCCUCUGUUGAAAGGGCUCUGUUGAGGCCCCUUGGUGUGGGCCUACGCUGCAGCACUGCAAGAAGAAUUAGUACAGAGAGCAGAGCACAGCCUCACAGGCCUGGGAGGGGAAGAGGGAGUGGAGAGAGUGCUUAGGCCUGCCCACUGUUGACCCAGAGGUUGUGCAAUGCAACCCCAUGCCUCAGUCAAACUCAGUCAUACUCUUUGAGCUGGAUCUACAAAGGGGAGACACACAUGACAGGCUUAGCUCAGUAAAGCAAAGCAAGCAAGGCAAAGCAACCGCUGGUACAAGGAGUGGAGUGGUCAGGUUAUGGUUAAAGGGGUAAGAGGUUAUGAUUUAAUUUUACGGGUCAUUUACUUGGUGUUUUCAGAGAAAUUACGUUGUCAAAUGGAAAGUACAUGGUUUAAUAAUUACUUUGUUGUUGACUGGAUUUAUUAUAACAAGGCCCACUAUGUAUUUAGUACCAGGUAAUUUACCUGUUGUGUACAAGGCAAAAAUACCAGGCAAACAGAAGCUCAAACAGGCCUGUAAAAUAAAAUGGUUGCAAAAUGGUUAGCAACAUGGUUGAUGAACACUUGAAUGUUUGCUAAUUUCUUCUCACUCUCUUUCUCUCUCCCGCUCUCUUUUCCUCUCUCUCUCUGUUUCUCUCCCUCUCUCGUGCCCUUUCUGUCUCUCGUUCGUUCUCUCUCUCUCUCGCUCUCUUUUUCUGGUAUGCCAGCACCUAACAAUGAGACAGGAUGACUACUACUGGUUGGCUGGACUGCAGUAAGCAGAUGGACAGUGUCUCUGUGAGGACUGGGUGCUCUAUGGAUCUACAUAUACAUGUCCAUUAGGAGCAGCCUGCCUUCCCCCAGUCUCUGUCACAGCAUGGCCCGAAACAAGGCUUACUGGGGACAGCCACAUGGCACGAACAGGUGAGUGGGUAACACUUUACAUUAAGGUACACUUUAAGGGAUUAUUAGUAGUUGAUAAAGAGUUAAUUAUUAGUGAACAUGUAGUAUAGAAGUACUUGAUAAUCAGUUGUAACUCAACCAGGCUCUGUCGUAGCCGGCCGCGACCGGGAGACCCAUGGGGCGGCGCACAAUUGGCCCAGCGUCGUCCAGGGUAGGGGAGGGAAUGGCUGGCAGGGAUGUAGCUCAGUUGGUAGAGCAUGGCGUUUGCAACGGCAGGUUUGUGGGUUCGAUUCCCACGGGGGUCCAGUAUGAAUAUAUAUUUUUUAAUAAUAAUAAUAAUAACAGUAAGUCGCUCUGGAUAAGAGCAUCUGCUAAAAAAAAUUGUUUUAAUAAAAAAAUAAGAAAUAAAACUCAAACAUAUAAUUAUUUCAAAUUGUGUAAUCGAUAUAGUUAUGUUGGUGCUGGUCAAAUAUUGACAUACAUAGUAUGGUUAUUUCAACCCACUUUAUCAAAGUAAUAAAACAAUGUGGCUAUUUGGUUGAAUUAGCAAAAAGUGAGAAUGGGUUUAGUGCAAUCAUGUGACUGAAGGAAGAAUCCUAAAUAGCGCACAACUUGAACUCUCACAAAAAUCCUUCAUUGACUUCUCUUUGAGUUCAUUUGAAUUACACGCGGUUGUCUGAAGUUAGAAUUCGGACUCAAGCUUAAUGCAUACAUAAUGCAUGACAUUACAGCCACAAUGACAAGUGUAGGACCAGUCUACAUACUGUAUCUACUAUCUACAUGGCCAAGUGUUGAAUUCAAGCAUUCUUCUGUGUGUCAUUGUGUUUCAGCCUGUGCUUUAGCCUGGAUGCUGACGACACGAUGGAACACAACUUGAGAGAGCAGCACCAACACCAUUCAGUGUCCCAGUGCUUUGACAGUGAGUGAGAUACUUUUGCGGCAGACAUUUGCAAUAUUUUUGCACCAGCUAAAACAAUUCAAUUCAACCAGUCUUAGGCUACGUUUACACAGGCAUCCCAAUUCUGAUAUUUUUCCACUAAUUAGUCUUUUGACCAAUCAGAUAAGCUAUUUUGCCAAUAAUUGGGCAAAAGAUCAGAAUUGGGCUGCUUGUGUAAAGGCAUGUUUCUCCAGUGUCUACUUCCUACUGUGGACAUGCCAUGUGUCUUAUUUUGAAAACGUGAACCUUCCCCUUUUGGCAGUGCCUACCUAGGAUUGUUUCUGAUCCAAAGCUGUUCUGUAGUGUUCUUCGACCAAUGGAAUUGUUUAUUUUAUUUGCUACAGCGUUAAUACUGGAAUGUAGACUUGAUUGAGCCUAGAGUUGAAUUGAGUCUUAUCAGACCUAGAUUGAAAUAAUAUUUUGUUUUCUUGAGCUUUGCCAAGCAUAAUGGCAACAAUGGAAUAGUCCCAAAAGUGGAAAUGUAGGAGGGGUUUGGUUCCAUUAUGCCAGGUCAGCUAAAAGCUAAAUCAAGUGCACCUAAAGUAUUUGAAAGAAAAUAAAUACUACUUGGACCUAGGUCUGCUGUAGUCUACACUGGGCUCAUGGAUGGGAGAGAGGGAGGGCUGGGGGAGAGAGAAAGGAAGGAGGCUAUCUCUCGCUGUCUGGUCACUGGCUGUCCCUGAGCUCUGUGGCGGAAUCAGAAUCGGAUGUUUUCAUUGGAGGAUGUUGUUCAGGAAGCUCCAGAAGGUUAUGGGAAGCUUCUUAAAGAUUGCCACUUGCGUCGCUGAUAAAUUAUUCGUCAACUAAUCUGGGUGUUGUUGUGGCUGAUGUUUUACAGAGAGCAGAGCAGAGGUGGUGGGGACAGGGUUGGCUCUUUGCUUCCUCUCAGAAAGUGGUUUGUCUGUGGAGGACACUCCUUCCUUGUGAUGGAAAUUGAUGCUCUUUAUAUCAUUUAUAUAUAGUGUGGUUGUGUAUUGUACACUAUUAUUGUUGAAUACAUUUGGUUCAAAUCUGUUGUUUUGUGGGAGGAGAUAAGAAUGAAGAUAAUACAAUCCUGAAGGCUAAAAUGUUUCUGUUUUCCAUUUUCAAUAAAUGAAUGUUUCUCCUUUGCUUAUGUUAACCAUUCUCUUUUUAUUUGACUGAAAAUUGUGAGUAUUAAAAAAAUGAUCACAUUCAUGCUGUAUAUCAAAUAUGACCCUUUCAUUCAUGUUAUGUUUUGAAUGUUCUCUCUAUUUGCCGUCUUUACAGACAAGAUGCCCCUGACCCACCAUCCACUGUGCUCUAGCAGCCAACCCUUGACCUCUCACUGCACCAUGCCCCGCCCUCCUGAGGGGGACCAGGUGGUCCCCUCCUUCCAGAGACUAUCAGUUUACGAGCAGGGUCCGUCCUGCGGCCCCAAGCCCCUGCCCCCUCUCCCUGACCCGGAGGAUAACUCCUCGGACGAGGUGGUAGACAGCGAGGUGGAAUUCUUCAUCGACGAGAGGAGGCGCCUACUCCCCCAGCGCUGCUCCACCAAGGCCCUGGCCCUCCACUAUGGAGCCACCGGACGACGCAGCUUCAGGGGCUGUGGCCAGGUCAACUAUGCCUACCUUGAGGGGCCCCCCGGGGCUAGCGGCUCGGCUAACGGUGGAGCCCACAGUGGAACCCAGGUGCAGCAGGCCCAGUUUGGGGGACAGAGAGGGCCAGGGUCCGUGGUGGUAGUGGCGAGGGACAUCUCUAGCAAGCAACCCGAUCGGCCCCAACGGUCCAAGCUGCGGCGCUCCCACUCGGGCCCCGCAAGCUCCUUCAAGCCCUCCGGCCUGCGCCAGUCGUGCCACCUUCACCACCACCACGGCACCAGGGGCCACCCCCAGCUGGACAAGCCUGAAGUUCCUCCCCGCAUCCCCAUCCCCCCGCGCCCCUCCAAGACUGCCGACUGCCACCGUUGGUCCAUCGCCGAGGACCAAGACAAGGAAAAGCCUCCCAAAGUCCCUCCCAGGGAACCGAUAGCACCCCCUUGUGGCUCCUGUUGCACCUCUAGUCCCAAGAGCCUCCCUAUAUACGUGAACGGGGUCAUGCCCCCUACGCAGAGUUUCGCCCCCAACCCCAAAUAUGUCAGCAAGGGCCCCCAGAGGCCACAACAGCAGCCUAGGGAGGGCGCCACUGGGCCCUUGGUGGGCCCACGCUCCCCCUGUAUCGUGCCCAUCAUGGAGGAUGGGAGGAAAGCCAGUGCCACGCACUAUUUCCUCCUACCCCGGCGGCCAUCCUACAUGGACAGGUUAGAAAGGUUCUUGAGGGAGGAGGAGGCAGACUGUGAGGUGUCCAGCAACGCUCCCAACUCAGAGUGGGGUUGCCAGAACAGGCAGAAAUCCCCUCUCAAGUUGUUA